CUCGUACCUCUUCUCGGAUUUGGCUCGAGCCUGCACCCAAUUGCGCCACAUACCUUGCCAAUCUCCCGUGACGCCACACCCAACUUAAUCAACCAUGAAGUUCACUCUCGCCACGCUCCUCGUUCUGGCGACCGCUGCCAUCGCUGCGCCUGUUGCUGCCCCCGAGGCCGAGGCCGGCGGUCGUGGCAACUUCGGCAACUCGGGCCCCCCCAUUUGGAAGCGCGACGCCGAGGCUGAGGCCGUCGCGGAGGCCGGCGGCCGCGGCAACUUCGGCAACUCUGGCCCACCCAUCUGGAAGCGCGACGCCGAGGCGGAGGCUGGCGGCCGCGGCAACUUCGGCAACUCUGGUCCCCCCAUCUGGAAGCGCGAGGCCGACGCCGAGGCCGAGGCUGGUGGCCGCGGAAACUUUGGCAACUCCGGCCCCCCCAUCUGGAAGCGUGACGCCGAGGCCGGUGGCCGUGGCAACUUUGGCAACUCGGGCCCACCCAUCUGGAAGCGCGAGGCUGAGGCUGAGGCUGAGGCUGGCGGCCGUGGCAACUUCGGCAACUCUGGCCCCCCUAUCUGGUAAUCAGUUUUGUGAGUGCAUACGAUACGUUCAAAUGGACAUGUGUGCUGACGUCAGCUCG